AGCGAGCGAGCGAGGAAGAAGCAGCCAUAGCCAAGUCCUUGCUUUGUUUUAGCUUCGCCCUUUUCAUCAUUUCGUGGCAUUGUUUGUUUGUUUGUUUGUUCUUAUGUUGUCUCGAGGGAGAAAAGAGAAAAAUGUGAGACGAGGGCGAUGAUGGGUUGUGGAUCUGCGUCAUGAAUUCGUGUUUUUGCGCUAGUGGGUCGCUGCUCCUGCCAAAAAAUCCCCGCGGCCUUUGGUAGUUGGAGCGUUGUUGUGUUCUUGUUCCUCGCAGCUUUUACCUCGCUCGCUUCCAGCGUUCAUUCAUUGAGCAAAAGCUUUCCUCUCUUCUUUUUCCUGGUGCGAAGAAAGAGUAGAGUAUCUUUGGACAGUCGCUUGGUUCUUUAGGAAAAGAAUGCGAGUCUAAUCUAAAGAGUGAUCCAUUCGUCAUGGAAGUUUCUCCAGCGAGAAGAGCGACGAGGUGGAAUUGGAGGAUGGUGGCUGUGGUUUUCAUUCUCGCGGGGCUCUUCUUGCAAGCUCAAAGCUGGACAGAUCCCCAAGAUGUAUUUGCUCUCUCGGUUCUCUACGCUAGCCUGAAUUCGCCACCACUGACUGGGUGGAGCAUGAAUCCCGUAGACCCGUGUGGAGAAUUGUGGCAAGGAAUUCAGUGUGCUGGCCCGAACAUAACUGGAAUGGAUCUCAACAAUAACAGCAUCGGACAGAUGGUUCCAUAUCAACUUCCACCUCGCAUUCAAGAAAUAAACUUUGCGAACAACGAGUUCACCGAGACACUUCCCUACUCAAUGAAGGAUCUUAUCUCGCUGAUAAGCUUCAACAUGAGCAACAAUCAGAUUGUCGGUCCCGUUCCGGACAUGUUCCAAUCCCUGACAAGUCUUACGAGCCUGGAUCUGUCUGGCAACCAGUUUAGUGGUCCCCUUCCACCCUCCAUGGGAGCUUUGACGAGCUUGAUAACUUUGCAUAUGGAGAACAACUCGCUCAGUGGAGAUAUCGGCGUUCUAGGCCAACUCCAGCAGCUCCAAGACCUCGAUAUCACAAACAAUGGUUUCUCGGGACAAAUUCCACCAUCACUUCUCACGAUUCCAUCUCUCAAGAUAACUGGCAAUCAGUUUGGAUCAGCGAUUGUCAUGGCUCCUGCGCCAGCUCCAUUCCUUUUCGCUCCAGCCUCCGCUCCAUCAAUGCAAGUCUUGCAGCAGCCAAGCACGGUGAAACAGAAUCCCGACCAGAAGUCUCCGCUCAAAGGCCCGGUUAUAUCAGGUGUGAUGAGCAGAGGGAGUCGCCGGUACUGGAGCGCUGGAAAGAUAGCAGGCGUGGUGGUGGCCUCGGCACUGGCUUUACUCGCAGGCUUGCUGGUAAUUCUCUUCUUUUGCGGAAGAACAAACAAGGACGAAGAAGGAACCAACUCGACCAAAGACGAAGAGAAGCGAAGCUCCAAGAGUCAUCCUCUCGUUGCCCUGGACAGAGUGUCUCGAGAGAUGUUUGCGCAGCCAAAAGCUGACAGGCCUUUGACUCCACCACCCGCAGAAAAGAGCAAGCUUUCGAUCGAAAAGAGCCCAGCCAUGAAAAGUAUUACACCCACGCCAGGCAAAGCUUCCAAGCUCCAGAUUGCCGUCCCUGCCAUCUCCAUCGCCGAGCUCCAAGCUGCGACGAACAGCUUUUCUCAGGAAAAUCUGGUCGGAGAGGGAGCUCUCGGGAGAGUCUAUAGAGCCGAGAUAGAUGACAAGAUUGUAGCUGUGAAGAAGCUCGACACUUCAGCACCUAUGGUACAAAACGAGGACGAGUUCAUCAAAGUGGUCUCGAAUCUAGCGCGCUUGCGGCACAGUAACAUCACCGAGCUGGUUGGAUAUUGCACAGAGCACUCGCAAAGGCUGCUAGUUUACGACUUUGUCGAGUAUGGAACGCUGUUUGAAGUCCUCCAUUGCUCGGAUGAGUCGAGCAGGAGACUUUCAUGGAACCAAAGAGUGAAGAUCGCCCUGGGAGCUGCUCGAGCACUCGAGUAUUUGCACGAAGUUUAUCACCCAGCUAUAGUUCACAGGAACUUCAAGUCGGUCAACAUUCUUUUGGACGAGGAACUUAAUCCUCGAGUCUCGGACUGUGGACUAGCAGCACUCGCUCCCUACGGUGCCGAGCGUCAGGUUUCUUCGCAAAUGCUGGUCUCUUUUGGCUACAGCGCGCCGGAGUUUGCCAUGUCUGGCGUGUACACUGUCAAGAGCGAUGUUUACAGCUUUGGAGUGGUGAUGCUGGAGCUUCUAACCGGAAGAAAAUCGCUAGACAGCUCGAGGAGCCGAGCCGAACAAUCGCUGGUGCGAUGGGCAGUGCCGCAGCUCCACGACAUCGAUGCCUUGUCGAGGAUGGUUGAUCCAGCACUCAAAGGAAUCUAUCCGGCCAAGUCUCUCUCCCGCUUUGCCGAUAUCAUCUCAUCGUGUGUCCAGCCCGAGCCGGAGUUCCGGCCUCCAAUGUCGGAAGUUGUCCAAGCUUUGGUGCGUUUGAUGCAACGAGCGAGCUUGAGCAAGCGAAGGCUAACAGCAGACGAUUUGGGAUCCUCACAAAGGAGUCUAGAUCGUUACGAACCUUCAGAUUCAUCGGCUUAGAGAAAAAAGAAAUACUUAGAUUUUGACAACAUUGUAUAUUGAAUAUGGAAAAUAACUUGAUAGAGAAAGUUAGCUGACCUGGCCCAGAAGGAUUAUCAUCAA